AUGCUGAUGCUUGCCAAGGACAGGUGCCAAAUGCUCCAAGCGAAGGUGGCAAGAUGCUGGUGCGGCGCUGGAGUACGGGUGGCAGGAAGACGGUGCCAGGGCCGCUGCCACGAUACGGUAUGCUGGAACCUCGCAGGGGGCGAGCAAUACGUGACCUUGGCUUCAGCUCUGCUUCGGACUAGAACAAGGACGUCUCAAAGGCCGCUCUUGCCCAGCGCAUCCAAGACACCUAGCUGCCCAAGGCCUCGCUCAAGAGGAUCCAGUAGAGAUGACGCUGCACGGCUCGCGGGUGUUGAGGCGGUUCCGCAAGCACCCUCUCGCAGCCUGACGCGGGCGAGGACUCAGCCCUGGCGACGAGCAUCUGAUCGCGCUGGCAAGGAGCUUCUUAACAAAGUGGCUCCCCUACGCGAGGCCCGGCGGGCCCUAGAAGCUUUGGCCUCUGCCGCGUUGGCUGCGACACUGCGUUGCUCCCGGAGCCAGGAACUGACAACUUCGCUGCUACGUCGAGUUCUGGCAGAGUCUGCAGAACUGGAGCAACUUGCCGAGUCACUGCGCCGACCUUCCUCAGCUAAGACGGCGCAUGCCCGGGUGGUGGAGAUCUUGGAAGAGGCCAAGGAAGCGAAUCGCCUGCUCGGUCAAGCUCUGCGUGCUUUUGGUGAUGGACAACCCCAUGACCAAAACAGGUCCAACCCCGGCAUGACGGACAUGCGCCGCACCGAGCGGCCCAGCAGGGAAGGUGCAGAGGCAUCGCCAGCAUCGAAGCCAAGGCCGAUCUCAGGGCCAGAGGAGGCAAAUGCCAGGUGCACAGUCAUGGCGGCCCUCAAUGAAUUGGUUUCUGGCAUGCGGCAAGCGCUGGAUGACAUUCAUCAGCUGCGGCAAGAUGCUGCGAGCAAGAAGUGA